AUGAGCCAAACACACACAGACUCAAGCUCCGCCCAAUCCGCCCCUCCAUCCCCAGCAACAACAAUGACCUCAACACACACCGACCACGCAGCCGACAACUCGCUGGAUGACAUUUUCGGCUCUUCCCCACCACGCAGCGAAAGAGAGCUGCACGCGCCACACCGCGCCGCAGAAGAAACCACUGCCUCAGCCUCAGCCCCAAGGUCUACAGCUGAGCCGUCCGACCUCCCCUCUCUCCGCCGCCAACACGUCACCGCGGGCUACCGCGAUGGCGUCUCAAUGGCAAAGGGUCAACAUGUUCAAGAAGGCUUCGAUGCAGGCUUCCCGGUCGGCGCACAGAUGGGCAUGAGAGCCGGUACGAUUCUAGGAAUUAUGGAGGGAUUACUACGUGGGUUUGAAGAGCGCAGUGGGCCGGGCGUUGUUAAGAAGCCGGCGGUGCGGGGUGGUGCAGCUACAUCGACGCGGGAGAGUAAAGACCAAGAGAAUACGGAUGAAGUGGCAGAAGUACGACAACAGAAGAGGGAGCAUGUUCGCGCGCUUUACCAAGCUGCGUUGAAGGAGCUGGAUGUGCAGGCUGUUUUCGCUGGUGCCGGGGUUGAAGGGGCACCGGCUGUGCCUGUCGAGGUUGUUCCCGAGAGUAAGAGCAAGGAAGGGGAGUCUGCGGAGGUACAGCUGGCGAGGAAGGGGGAUGUGGUUCUUUCCAAGUGGGAGGGGAGGGUUGCUGUUCCUCGUUGGGAGGAGAAUAUGGAAGCCUUGGAGAUGAAGGAGAAGGAGAAAGAGGAAAACAAGGGCGAGAGCGAGAGCGCGGGUCUCGGCGGCGCAGGUGCCAUUGCAGCGCAGGCCGUGGAGCAGAGUUGA